GGUUCGUCUUCUUUGCCUCCCUCCACCGACUGCCGCCAUGGAAGCCAUCAAGAAGAAGAUGCAGAUGCUGAAGCUGGAUAAGGAGAACGCCUUGGACCGGGCAGAGCAGGCCGAGGCAGAGCAGAAGCAGGCGGAAGAGAGGAGCAAGCAGCUGGAAGAUGAAUUAGCUGCCAUGCAGAAGAAGCUGAAGGGGACGGAGGACGAGCUGGACAAAUAUUCAGAGGCUCUCAAAGAUGCGCAGGAGAAGCUGGAGCUGGCAGAGAAGAAGGCGGCUGACGCCGAGGCAGAAGUAGCAUCCUUGAACCGCCGCAUUCAGCUCGUGGAGGAGGAGCUGGACCGGGCCCAGGAGCGCCUCGCGACAGCCUUGCAGAAGUUGGAGGAAGCUGAGAAAGCUGCUGAUGAGAGUGAAAGAGGCAUGAAGGUAAUUGAGAACAGAGCCCUGAAAGAUGAAGAAAAGAUGGAGCUGCAGGAGAUCCAGCUGAAGGAGGCCAAGCACAUCGCUGAGGAGGCCGACAGGAAGUACGAGGAGGUUGCCCGGAAACUGGUCAUCAUCGAAGGUGAUCUGGAGCGUACAGAGGAGAGAGCUGAGCUGGCAGAGUCCCGUUGCCGGGACCUGGACGAGCAGAUCCGGUUGAUGGACCAAAACUUGAAGUUCCUUGCUCAGGCUGAAGAAAAGUACUCUCAAAAAGAGGAUAAAUAUGAAGAGGAGAUCAAGAUCUUGACCGACAAACUCAAGGAGGCUGAGACCCGUGCCGAGUUUGCUGAGCGGUCAGUAGCCAAGCUGGAGAAGACCAUUGAUGACUUGGAAGACGAGCUGUAUGCCCAGAAACUGAAGUACAAAGCCAUUAGCGAGGAACUGGACCACGCCCUCAAUGACAUGACCUCCAUAGCGUCUAUACAGCCAGCUUGAGAAAAACCGGCUGCUGGCUAAUGAGCUGAAGUUAACCCUGCAUGAUCUGUGUGACUGAGAAGGGGGUCUCUCCUCUGAUCCUGUUCAAAGCCAGCUUUAUUUGGCGAGGCGCUGGGGUGGGAGCCUGCCGGACGCAGACUUGAAACCGGAGCGCGCACACUCCCCCCCUCUUUUUUCUUUUUAAAGACUGGCUGACUUAGGACACUUAUUGCAGUUUAAUUGAAGCACUUGAUGCUUAGCCUUCUUAAUGUACUUAUUUUUCUAAGCUUUUGUUUUUCUACAAAAGCAGGGUAUUACUCACCCGCCUGCUUUCUUGGCGCAGUAGGUUGCUAGCACAGGCCUGGUAGAGUGUUCACCAGCCUUGGGUGCCCCCCAAAGCUUGUUUUGGACUACAAAACCCAUCAUCCACGGCCAGCUUAGCCAAUGGCGGAAGAGGAUGGGCAUUGUAUUCCAGCAGCAUGUGGGAACCUAAGGUUGACAGUAGUGGCUUCUUCCUGUAGAUGCAGGCUGGGGAAUCUGCAGCCCUCUUGGACUCCCAAGCUUCUCGCUCCCAAGACACCCCGAGAUUGUUGGUCGAAGCUGGUGUGAACUGGGGGUGCUCCACAUCACCCGGAGGCCCGCAGAUUCCCCAGCCCUACUGUAGAAGACUAGCAUAGCAGCGGCUGCUUAACGUUCUUGGCGUGGGGCGGCUCUAGAUUUCUCUCCCCACCAGGAAAAGCUCCUGUAGCUACUUCUGUUGACACCCCUUUCUGUGGCGCGGGUCUUCUGUAGCUGGACGUUCGUUCUUCCUUCUCUCCCCGCUCCCUUUUAGACCCCUCUUGCAUGGAUUCGCUGACUUGGUUAUUUCCAAAAAGUUAUCCUUUUCUUGUACCAAUAAAACCACUGGCCCACUUGG